CUUAAAAAAAUAAUGUCAUUUUAAAUUAUCUGUCAUCUUAAUUUAUCUUUAGAAAUUUUUUUAAAAAAGUAAAAUUUGUAAAUAUCAAAAUUCCAAAAUGUGUGAAGACGAACCUCCUUGUGAAAAAUAUAAAAAGAAAUGUCCCAGUAACAAAUGUAACCCGAUUUAUUUGCGAAAUCUGCCUGCUAGGAGUGUAGUAAAAGCGAGAUGCAAUGAGCUGGUUUUAACAAAUCAACAAUUGGGUCUGUAUAUGAAAAAUUUCCUAAAUGAUAUUAGAAAAGGUUUAAGAAAAGAAAGUAACCCUACUGCCAUAGUAAAAUGUUUCCCAACAUUCGUCCAAGAUCUACCAGAUGGGACCGAGGAAGGCAAGUUCCUUGCUAUUGAUUUGGGAGGGAGUAAUUAUAGGAUGUUGAUGGUUACUAUAACACCAGGAGAGGAAAUGGCAGUUGAAACUGGUAUUGGUGAAAUUCCGGAAGAAAUAAUGACUGGACCAGGGGCAGAUUUAUUUGAUUUUAUCGCUGAAAAAUUAGACGAAUUUUGUGGUGAACAUGGAGUUUCAGGUGAUGGCUUGCCAUUAGGAUUUACUUUUAGUUUUCCACUGAUACAAAAAGGACUUAAGGUAGGAAUUCUUGAACGAUGGACUAAAGGAUUUAGUUGCGAUGGGGUAAUCGGCCAGGACGUAGUUACACUUUUAAGGAAAGCUAUUAAAAAACGAGAAGGUCUUUCAGUUAAAAUUGUUGCAGUUCUAAAUGAUACAACAGGAACACUCAUGUCGUGUGCCUUUGAAGAUAACGAGUGUAAGAUAGGUCUCAUUGUCGGUACUGGUACGAAUGGCUGUUAUGUUGAAAAGCAAUUUGAAGCAGAAUUAUUUGAUGAGCCAGAUAGAGGUUCCGGAAUUGUCAUAAUUAACAUGGAGUCUGGAGCAUUUGGUGACGAUGGUGCUUUAGAUUUUUGUCGAACCGAAUACGACAUAGAAGUAGAUAAAGCAUCAAUCAAUCCUGGAAGGCAACUUCACGAAAAGAUGAUAUCUGGUAUGUAUUUAGGAGAGCUUGUAAGAUUAGCUGCAGUAAAAUUUGCCAAUGAAGGAAUUAUGUUCUCUGGCAGAAUCUCCGAUGAUUUUAAUACAGUUGGUAAAUUUGAGACAAAAUUUGUUUCUGAUAUAGAAUCGGACAAACCUUGUACAUAUGAUCAGGUUAAACAAAUUUGCGAUGGUCUAGGCGUCACCUGGGCCACUGUAGAGGAUUACCAAGAUCUUCGAUAUAUUUGCGCAUGCUUUUCAAGAAGGGCAGCUUAUUUAGUAGCAUGCUCAAUUACUGUUUUGAUCAGGAAAAUGGACUAUAAAACAACAACAAUAGGAAUUGAUGGGACCCUUUACAAACUGCAUCCCCAUUUCCAUGAUUUGUUAACACAUAAAAUAAAAGAAUUACUAUUACCUGAUAGUCACAAAUUUAAAAUUAUGGCAUCAUCAGAUGGAUCAGGAAUUGGAGCUGCUUUGGUAGCUGCAGUCGCAGCUAAAAAUGCUCCACCUGAAGAAGAAGGAGGUGAUGGGGAAGGUGAAGAUGAGGGUGAAGAAGCCCCACCCGAAGAAGAGGAAUAAUUGAUAAAUCCUACAAAUGAAUGACCUCAGAAAGUAAUAAAACAUCUCUUAUAUAACAUAAUUACUAUCAUUGUUUUCGUCAACUACAUAAGGAAGUAAAUUUUUAAGUUGAAUUUGUAAGCAAAUAAAAAUAAAUACCUUUUGAU